AUUUGGAUAACUUGGUUUGACUAUUGAUGUCUGUGAUCGAAUGAGCACGCAACACUUGCUCCUGCAUUUCAAACUCUGAGCGACACAGAUCCAAAACUUUCUUCUCUCUUUCCGUCGUCUCCGAACCGAGCUGAGCCCUGACCAUGGGAGUGCCGGCGUUUUACCGGUGGCUCGCGGACCGCUACCCUCUCUCCGUCGCCGAUGUAGUCGAGGAAGACGCCGCCGUCGGCGACGACGGCGUCCCGUUGCCUAUCGACGCGUCUAAACCUAAUCCCAACGGCAUGGAGUUCGACAACUUGUACUUGGACAUGAACGGUAUCAUUCACCCUUGUUUUCACCCUGACGGCAAGCCGGCACCUGCUACCUAUGAUGAUGUGUUCAAAUUGAUAUUUGAUUACAUUGACCAUCUCUAUUCAUUGGUUCGUCCGAGGAAGCUUCUCUACCUUGCAAUUGAUGGUGUUGCACCAAGAGCCAAAAUGAAUCAGCAACGUUCUCGGCGAUUCCGAGCUGCAAAAGAAGCGGCUGAUGCUGAAGCAGAAGAGGAAAGGCUAAGGAAAGAAUUUGAGAGUGAGGGAAAAAUUUUGUCUUCUAAAGACAAGCCUGAGACUUCAGACUCAAAUGUCAUUACCCCUGGAACUCAAUUUAUGGCAGCACUUUCGGUGGCUCUCCAGUAUUAUAUACAGACUAGAUUGAACCACAACCCUAGUUGGCGGAAUACAAAGGUUAUACUUUCUGAUUCAAAUGUGCCUGGUGAAGGAGAACAUAAAAUAAUGGAAUACAUCCGGUUACAACGCAACCUUCCUGGUUUCAAUCCAAAUACUCGACAUUGUUUGUAUGGUUUGGAUGCUGAUCUAAUUAUGCUCUCCUUAGCUACACAUGAGGUUCACUUCUCGAUAUUGAGGGAGGUAAUUACUUUACCUGGACAACAGGAUAAGUGUUUUUUGUGCGGCCAAGUUGGCCAUUUUGCAGCUGAUUGUCAAGCUGAGGACUUCAAUACUCCUGAUGAUAGCCCAAUUUACAAGAAGAAAUAUCAGUUUCUAAAUAUCUGGGUGCUGCGUGAAUAUUUGCAAUUUGAAUUGGAGAUACCAAACCCUCCUUUUGAGAUUGACUUUGAACGAGUUGUGGACGAUUUUGUAUUUCUAUGCUUCUUUGUUGGCAACGAUUUUCUUCCACAUAUGCCAACAUUAGAGAUCAGGGAGGGGGCUAUAAAUUUAUUGAUGCAUGUAUAUAGAAAGGAAUUUACUGCCAUAGGUGGCUAUCUUACUGACGCUGGAGAGGUUUUCUUAGAUAGAGUGGAACGAUUUAUCCAGUUUAUUACUGUUCAUGAAGAUCAAAUAUUUCAGAAACGAGUUCGCAUACAGCUGCUUGCAGAAAAUAAUGAAGAGAUGAGAGCAAGGGCAAGAGGAGAAAUGCCUGGGCAGCCACGAGCCUCACUUAUGGAUAAGGUUAAAUUAGGGGAGCCUGGGUACAAGGAAAGGUAUUAUGUUGAAAAGUUUGGUGUAUCAAAUGCAAAGGAGAUUGAUAAAAUCAAGAAAGAUAUUGUCUUGAAAUAUGUGGAAGGCCUUUGUUGGGUUUGCCGGUAUUAUUACCAGGGUGUCUGCUCAUGGAAAUGGUAUUACCCAUAUCAUUAUGCUCCAUUUGCUUCUGAUCUUAAAGAUCUACCUGAUCUGGAAAUAAAUUUCUCCCCUGGCGAGCCAUUUAAACCAUUUGAUCAGCUCAUGGGCACCCUACCCGCUUCAAGUUCAAGUGCACUGCCUAAAAAAUAUGGGGAUUUGAUGACUGAUCCUUCAUCACCUAUUUUUCACUUCUACCCUGCUGAUUUUGAGAUUGAUAUGAAUGGCAAACGAUUUGCAUGGCAGGGUGUUGCCAAGCUGCCAUUUGUUGAUGAGAAGAAAUUGCUUGCUGCCACAAGAAAGCUUGAAGAUACAUUAACGGAGGAACAACAACUUCGGAAUAGUGUGAUGCUUGAUUUGCUAUAUGUCAAUCAUUCACAUGAUUUGGCUUCACAUAUCUUAUCCUAUUACCAUGUUUGUAGUCAAUUACCCCUGCAUGAAAGAGGUGUUUGGCCAAUUGACACAAAUGCUAGUAGUGGUGGGAUGAUUGGAUAUCUUUGGUUAUGUGAAAGAAAUGUUUUCAGCACUGUUGUAUCUUCACCCAUCAGCGGAUUGCCGGAUAUUGAAUGUAACCAAGUCUUAAAUAUUACAUUUCUUAAUCCUUGUAGACAUGAUCAUAUCCCAAAACCUCCAGAUGGUGUAGUAAUGCCCCAAAAGGUAUUAAGAGCCAUUGAUAUUAAACCUCUUCCUGUGCUAUGGCAUGAGGACAAUGUUGGUCAGCGACAGCAAGCAAGAGAAAGGCCACAAGUACAUGGAGCAAUAGCCGGAUCUCAACUAGGAGAAGCAGCUCAUCGACUUGUUAAGAACACCCUCAACAUUAAAUCAAAUGAUACAUCCCAUGGAUUGCCGGAGCAACCUCCAGGUCAUUAUACAAUGAACAGGCUUCAAUCAGCUGGAUAUGAAAAAUAUUAUAGUGAGAAAACAAGUGGUUAUUAUGGACAAUAUAAUCACCAUCGCGCAAUGACUAGACCUAGAUAUGGUGGACAGAAUGAAAGACAGAAUUUUAAGAUUCAAGAUAGGCUACAGCAUCAAGAACAGUUCCACAAUGUGAAAACUGAGUUUUCUUCUUUAACAUUAAAGGAAGGAGAGAGACUUAGGUCAUCGAGUUCGAGACUUCCAAAUUCCAGACCAAUAACCAAUUUACAACCUGUGUUUGUAAAGAAAGUGGGUCCUUCGCUACCACCUCCAAAGUGGAUAACUAAAGCACCACCUAUGAAUGGGAUGCAUACUAGGCAUCAAGAAGCUGCAUUGGGGGCAGCAGCUCGUGAUAAGCAGACAAAAAAGGUUUACCAAGUUAAAACACGUCAGCCAGAUACACCAGAACACGGGAAACAAUAGUGGUGGUUGUGGAAUUUAUCUGAGGUGCCUUUUCUUCUAGCUGCCCGCCCCUGAAAUUGCAGUUAUGCGCUCUCUUUAUGGUCAACCUAGUUCAGUAAUCGAUUGUAGGGGUGCACUGAUUUGAUUGCAAUUCGACGCCAUAGUGCCAUUGGCAGAGCAAUGCUGUUCACUGUUCAAUGUUUAUUUGACUCUAAUGUGAAGUAUAGACGUGUUGUCGCUGUGUAUUGAAUAGACAUGAGACCUCACUGAUAGUUGUCCAGGAUUUGGAGAGGUGCAAGAACUAGCCAGAUAUUCGCUAACUUGUAGUAUUUCAAGUUUCAAAGAAAUAGUCAUGGAACCGGUAUAUAGAUUGGUGGAAAACUUGCGAGUUGUAAAACACAAGUUACGGGCUAGGAAUCAGUACAAGUGUUGUUUUGUUCCAUGGUAUGGAACCUUGUUAGUGUUGUGUAUUUAAAAUCCUGUAGGGCUUACUAGAUUUGUAUAACAAUUAAUUUGUACAUACCUGAUAUGAAUACAAUUUGAUUUGUUUAUUGGGAAAUGUA